GGGCUGUGCGGACUUGCAUGUGCGUGUACGUGUACGUUAGUCGUGCGUGCGCGCGCAUGGGGCACGUAUGCGUUAUGUACAUCGUGCGGUCGCAGUGAUACACCGUUCCCGUGUUGCGAGACGCUUUCGAACUGAGAGCACGCGCGACAAAGCGAGAUUCGUCGAAGGACGAGAGCCGCGUCCGGCGGCGACAACAACAAUAACAACGACAACGACGACGAGUGGGUUGUUCGUCUUCGAUACGCAACGACGAGUACCGAGUACGAGGCGACAGUCACAGUGGUUAGCGAGCGAGCAUACGGAGUGAAGUGAGCUGACGACGACAACGUCGGUAACGAUUGCGAUCCAAGACGGCGUCACGUUCGAACGGUAACGCGAAUUCGUGAAGGCACGAUACCGGAAAAACUGUGAGGUUGCAGGAAGGAAGUCGUAGAAGAAACGAUGAGGACUUGGACGGCGGCAGCGACAGCGACAGCGACAGUGCUGGCGACGACGACGAGGCGCCCCCAGCGACGCACCUGAACCAACCGCUGACGAUUACGACGACGACGACGACGACGACGACGACGUCGUCGUGAUGCGUCGCACCGUGUCGCUCCAGUAUCGCGCAGCAGCAGGCACCUCGCUCCAGUUGUGACGCGACGUGUUCGUGACGUGACGCGACGCGACGAAAGCGGGACGGAGAAGACCUUCUUGUCGGCACACGAGUGAGCGAGCGAACGAGCAAGACGUGAAGGUGGUGAGGAAGAGGGGGAGAAAGAGAGAGAGAGUGAGACGGAAAUACCUCCCGCGAGACUCCUUUCUGUGUUGCAGCGAGCGGGAAAGAGACGGACGUAAAUUAAAAGAGUGUGUGUGCGUGCGUGCGUGUGUGUAUGUGUGUGCGUGAUCUGUGUAUACGUUUUGUGUACGAGCACCUUUUCCUCGGGGUCGCAUUUCAUUUGACACGGCGUACGUCGACGACGUAAGCACGCCGAGCAAUUACCGUUCGCCGUUCGCUCUCGGGUGAAGCGAGACAGACGCCGCACACGUAUACAACACGGAGAACCGCGCGUAGCGCGUCCGUGAGACUCGACGAGAGAGUCCUCGAUAUCUCCCUUUUUAACUCCACUCUAGCCGUCCAGCGCGGCUAUACGAAGGAACGGCGGUGCACUUGUGUUUACGCCAGAAGCAUUGACCGGCCACCACGGCGACCAUGUACGCGAAGGGAAAAGGAUCGGCGGUGCCCUCGGAUUCUCAGGCGAGGGAAAAAUUGGCGCUUUAUGUGUACGAAUACUUGUUACAUGUAGGAGCACAAAAAGCAGCACAAACUUUUCUGUCAGAGAUUCGAUGGGAGAAAAAUAUUACGCUGGGAGAGCCACCUGGGUUUUUGCACUCUUGGUGGUGUGUCUUUUGGGAUCUGUACUGCGCAGCGCCCGAGAGAAGAGAUUCUUGUGAACACAGCAGUGAGGCCAAAGCAUUUCAUGACUAUGGAUUCGUGAAUAGUGCUUACAACGUCAAUGGAAUUGCACAUAAUGCUGGGCCAGCCCCAUCUCCAAUUGGUCAAAUGCCACCAAACGACGGAAUGCCUGGUGGUCCCAUGCCUCCUGCUUUCUUUCCAUUUAUGGGCCCUAGAUAUCCAGCAGGACCACGACCUGGAGUACGUAUGCCACAAAUGGGAAAUGACUUUAAUGGACCACCAGGACAACCAAUGAUGCCAAAUAGUAUGGAUCCUACCAGGCAAGGCGAAGCUGGAGAAUUUGUAGGGUGGCAAGGUCCACCAGGAAUGAACCCAAUGAAUCCAAGAAUGAAUCCUCCCCGAGGACCAGGGAUGGGACCGAUGGGUCCUGGAAGUUAUGGCCCAGGUAUGAGAGGUCCACCACCCAACAGUACUUUGGGUCCAGGUGGACCAGGAGGUCCUGGAAUGCCACCGAUGAGUAUGGCUGCUCCAGGUGGUAGACAACAAUGGCAACCCAACACAUCUACGCCAAUGAAUUAUUCGUCGUCAUCGCCGGGCAACUACGGAGGGCCGCCUGGAUCAACGGGUCCGCCUGGACCCGGUACACCCAUUAUGCCUAGCCCACAGGAUAGCAGCAAUAGUGGAGGAGAAAAUAUGUAUACCAUUAUGAAGCCUGUACCUGGGGGAAAUAUGCCGGGUGAUUUUCCAAUGAGCGGUGGGCCUGAAGGCGGUCCAAUGGGACCUAUGGGUCCUAAUACAAUGGGUCCGGUUCUAAACGGUGACGGUCUCGAUGGGAUGAAGAACAGUCCAGCGAAUGGUGGUCCUGGAACACCACGGGAAGAUAGCGGCAGCGGAAUGGGUGAUUAUAAUCUGGGUGGAUUCGGAGCUCCUGGAGAGAAUGAUCAGACCGAGUCGGCGGCCAUCCUGAAGAUCAAGGAGAGCAUGCAGGAGGAGGCGAAGAGGUUUGAGAAGGACUCAGACCAUCCCGAUUAUUUCAUACAAUAACUCUUCACGAGUCGUUGGACCCCGAGACCAAAUUAACAAUAUAAGAGAUAAACGCAAUCGAUUUCCUUUCUUCCUUUAGUCCGAGAAGGAUUAUUUCCAUUCUCUUCUCCCUCCCUCUCCCCUUCAUCUCUCCGUCUUCUCCCUUCGCCGUGGAAAUCACUCUCCUCAUACGUUUCCUAUUCAUCCUUUUCUCGGAUGAAACCUUUGCUGCACCUCACCACGUAUAAGAUCUUCCUCUCCUCUCUUCUUUCCGAGCCGUCGAACGGCGUAGAUCGAUCUCCGUGAAGAAGGGCGCAAGAAGGAUCUCUUGCGCGCAUUGGUGAUCCAUUCUUUUUGUCGCGCGCUGCUACAAGGAGGACCACGAUGUCAGGACGAGAUCAGGGAGAGAUCUUCGAGACAGAGACAGAGAGAAAGAGAGCAUCGAUUUCGCGCGACUCUCACAUGUCGACCGACGUUCUCGCACAGCGAUGUUGUACAGUAUCGAACAUUGAUAGUGUUGUUAUCCUUGAGGUGGAUACGUCAUUCUGAGUGAACGAGUAACGCGGUCGAGCUUACUUAAAAUUUUCCGCAACGUGCGGAAAUUUCCAGUCGAAGCAAACGCUUAUCGGAUACUCGAGUAAUCGAUCGUUCUCUUUUUUAUCUGCAUUCCCUGUAUGCGAAGUAAAUAUUUCUCGAACUUCAGCUGGUUAAAACUCGCAUUUACUAUACGUUUGUUACUCGUUCGCUUAGCAUACGUUCACUCUUAGGAUACAACCGCGAACGUUGUUCCAAUAUCUUAUUUAGUGAUGACGAAAAGAGAGAGAGAGAGAGAAAGAGAGAGAGAGAGAGAGAGAGUGUGCGUGUGUGUGAUAGUAUUAUAUUAGUAUAAACGUUAAAUUUCUGAAAUUUUUACGAUUACGAUCGUUUCCAGGAUAAAUCCGUGAAAUUUUCUAAAUGAUCUCAAUCGCAGUUCAUUCGUUCUGUACAACAAUCUCCAUUGAGAUCUUUGUUAUACAGUCAAGUUCGUAUCGUACAAUCGAGGAUUGGUCGUCCAAGUUAAUUAUGAUUAACUCUUUGUCUGUAGCUUUAUUUGAUUGUGAUUUGGGAAGAGCUGGACACUAGCCUGAUCAUAGCUAGUAAAAUUGAAAAAUAUGUUGUUAAUUGAAACCUAAUUCGAGGGUUCGAAUCAAAUCAUUGAUUAUCGUCAUAGAGCCCAAGGACAAGGUUGAUCGACGCGUGUGAUGUGGACCAGAAGGAUUAAUCGGUCAAAAAAGAAAAAGAAAGAGAAACGAAGAAUAUUUCAUUAUGUAGCCAUGGAUAUGUAAAGUCGCCAGUAGUGGCGCAAUAAGACGUUUAUAAGCACAAG